AUGCACACCUCCAUGGUCAAGUCCAAGUUCCUCAGCGACCCUGAGGACCUCGGCGUCGUCGCCGUCGGCUUCUCCGGCGGACAGUGCAAGCAGGGCGUAGACGCUGCGCCCAAGGCCCUCAUCGAGUCAGGCCUGCUGACCCAGCUGCGCGACGAGCUCGGCUACCGGCUGCACGGCGACGACGAGGUGCACCUCUACACCGACCUCGUGCCAGCCGACGACCCGCCCUUCCGCAACAUGAAGAACCCCAAGGCCGUCUCGUCCGUCACCCAGCGCAUCGCCGACCAGGUCUACCAGCAGUCGCGCCUCGGCCGCCUGACCCUGACCCUCGGCGGCGACCACAGCAUCGCCAUCGGCACCAUCGCCGGCUCCGCAAAGGCCACGCGCGAGCGCCUCGGCCGCGAGAUCGCCGUCAUCUGGGUCGACGCCCACGCCGACAUCAACACCCCCGAGACGAGCGACAGCGGCAACAUCCACGGCAUGCCCGUCGCCUUCGUCACGGGCCUCGCCAAGGAGAAGCGCCCCGAGUACUUUGGCUGGCUCCAGGACGAGCACAUGCUGAGCCUCAAGAAGCUCGUCUACAUUGGCCUGCGCGACGUCGACCCCGGCGAGAAGCGCAUCCUGCGCGAAAACGGCAUCAAGGCUUUUAGCAUGUUUGACAUUGACCGGUACGGCAUCGGCCGCGUCAUGGAGAUGGCGCUCGCGCACAUCGGCAGCGACACGCCGAUCCACCUCUCGUUCGACGUCGACGCCCUCGACCCCAUGUGGGCGCCGUCGACGGGCACGCCGGUGCGCGGCGGCCUGACGCUGCGCGAGGGCGACUACAUCUGCGAGUGCGUGCACGAGACGGGCAGCCUCGUGGCGCUCGACCUUGUCGAGGUCAACCCGUCGCUGGCGGCCGACCAGGAGGGCGCCGCGUCCGAGACGGUACGCGCCGGCUGCUCGCUGGUGCGCUGCGCCCUGGGCGAGUCGCUGCUGUGA